AUGUCUGAUGACAACUGCUUCUUUCUUAGACAGCGCAAGGAUGAGCUGGAACAGAGAAUGUCUGCUCUCCAGGAGAGCCGGAGAGAGCUAAUGGUCCAGUUAGAAGGUCUCAUGAAGCUACUAAAGACCCAGGGGGCAGGCUCCCCGCGCUCCUCCCCCAGCCACACCACCAGCAGGCCAAUCCCCAUGCCCAUCCGGUCAGCAUCGGCCUGCUCCACCCCAACGCACACGCCUCAGGACUCUCUCACAGGGGUAGGGGGAGACGUGCAAGAGGCCUUUGCACAAAGUUCAAGGAGAAAUUUAAGGAAUGACUUGCUAGUGGCAGCGGAUUCCAUCACUAACACCAUGUCUUCUCUCGUGAAAGAGCUGAAUUCUGAGGUGGGGAGUGAAACAGAGAGUAAUGUGGACUCUGAAUUUGCACGGACUCAGUUUGAGGAUCUGGUUCCAUCACCAACCUCUGAAAAGGCUUUUCUAGCACAAAUCCACGCCCGAAAACCUGGGUACAUUCACGGUGGACCUACCACAAGCACCAUGCACGGCGACAUAGUUACAGAAGAUGGGGACCCCUAUGUGCGGCCCGAGGAUGAGAGCUAUGAAGAUGACUCAGUCCGGCAGCUGGAGAAUGAGCUCAAGAUGGAGGAAUACCUGAAACAGAAGCUGCAGGAUGAAGCCUAUCAGGUCAGCUUGCAAGGUUGAAUGCAAUAUCCUUUUAUCACUCUCCUCUCAAGCAAGCUAUAGUCAGACAGAUGAUGAAAGUAACAUGAAAACUGGUGAUGAUGGAGAGCCCCGCACCCACACAGAGGAGGAAGACAGCAGCCUGGCAGCAGCCUCACCGAAGAGAGGAGCCGCCACACCCAGCAGCUCCUGACAAAUCCCACCCCAAAGACGUGUUCUGAUGCCUGUAGUGCAGCUAACUUUUUGUUCUAAGAUUUGUAGUGGUAGGUGUGUGUUUUGAGAUGGGGGAAAAAAAAAAAGACUUCUGUUCAAAACUAACUUAUCAGCUACAUCUUAUGUAACAUGGCUCAUCUCUGGUUUAAAAAAAAAAACCACAGGCUGAAAACCUAUGCUGCUGUUACACACAAUGGCGGUAUUAACAAGCAUUUUAAACCUUUGCACAUGAUAUUGAACCUGUUCAGUUUACAAUGACGAUAUUAAUACUGUUUAUAGAUAGAAGUUUGAUUUCUGGAUUCUUUGAGAUUUUAGCAAAACAAUUUAUUAUACACUGUACAUUUUUUUUCCACAGCAUUUGGAAAAAAACAACCACUUGCAAUUAUUCAUUAACCCUAAAGGAUCUGAUUCCUGAGUGUGCAAACUUAGAGCCUGCAAGUUAAGAAGGGUCCUUGGCCUGCACAGUCUGCAGUUGACUCCAAAUCUCUAUGAGCAGUGACUUGAACCAAACACACCAGGAAUAACCCAUUCUUUGGGGCUUCUUUCCAACUUGGGGUUGUUUUCUUUCAAGAUACUCUAACAAAUCAGCCAUAGAAUUUAGUGUAAAUAUUUUUUCCAAAUAGAUAUCAUAUUCAAAAAAAGGCAACAUUCAAAUUAUAUAGAAUCUAGUUUUUAAAAUCAGCACAGAUCUUCUUAAAAACUGUGAACUAUGUUUUGAAAUACUCGUUACUAACGCUGUUUAUAAACCACAGGUGCCAUAAGAACCCCAAACGGACUAAAGUUAUCUAUGCUCUUCCAUGGUCUUGUUCCUCUCGUUUUAGCUUUAGGAAGCAUGUCUUUAACAGCACCGCUCAUUCACAAGUUCCCCUAUCGGGUUGUUCGGAGGCCUUCAGCUUUAAAUGUACGAGCUUAAAGUGCGCUUGCAAACAUUCGCUCUCCUUUUAUUUCUGAAUGUUUAUUGCCUUAGCUGGCCACCUGGUGUUCUGCAUGCAGCCUUCUGUGGUCACGUGAAAGGAGACAGGCUCUUCUAAGUUGACUUGGGAUUUUGCACUCAGUGAAAAUCUGAAGUGCAAAAGAACUAUCAAAGACAAGAGGAUAAAAGACGGUUGAUGGUCCUCUUUAGCGAUACCUAAAGAGCUCCCUUAGAGAUUCUGGGGGAAAAGAAAAAGUAAUCUACUAGUUUCGAGAUGUGAUGAAAAAAAAGAAAAAACCUGCAACAUAUUGGAUACCUUGUACUUAAAUUAGCAGCUUCUCUGGAAUUCCUGUUUCUCCUUUAAAAGAAAGAAGAGAACAUCAUUUUGGAACUGUGGUUCUCAAAGUGUGUUCCCCAAAUCAGCUGCAGCAGCAUCACCUGGGAAUGUCUUAGAAAUGCAGAUUCUUAGGCCCCAACCCAGGCCUACUGAAUCAUAAACUCUGGGGGUCGGGCCCAGAAAUCUGUAUUUUAAUCAGCCUUCAAGGUGAUUCUGAUGCAUACUAAAGGUUGAGAACUACUGCUUUAGAAUAAAGUUGUAAAAUAAAAUCUCUGAAAGGCCUUAUUCAAAAUAAGCAAGAAACAUUCUGAGUCAACCUCAAAGCUUCAGCGAAUUUUGCUUCCAGGACUGGCAAAAUCCUUCUGCCAUCUCAUGUCCCUCGUCUGUAGUUCGUGGGUACAGACCUAGAACAGAGGUCCUGACAUCUUCAGGUCCCCUCUGCAGAGGGCUAUAACAUGUUUAUGUCCCUGCAUUUGGCCAAAAUCGUCUCCUUGGCUGCACUUUGGGAAAAAAAUCACUUGCCUUGGAGAUAUUAAAGUGCUUAUUGGCAUUAGUAAGGAGCCCAUCCUGUCCCUUGAUGUACUUAAUCAUACUUCCCUCCAGAGAACCUGCCUGACAAAUGUCCCUGAGCACAGGCUGACACCAAAGUAGCACAACUGCACAGUUCUCAGAUUUCUUUGCACAGGUGGAUUUUAUUGCGGGUUUUGUUGGUGUGUCUUAACGCUCCUCUCUUUCCCACUGCCCAUCCUCUGUGAAAUCAUACCUCUCUAGACGGAGCAGGUGGCAUCUGGUGCCUCAUAGUACUGAAAACCACUACAUCCCAGCUACCUACACUGCUGUCAGCUCAAAAUCACAGCAAGGUAGUUCUUGAACUCAGAACUCAAACCCUGCAAGUGGCACUCAGCCACUGGCUGGACCGAGCUGACAUAUGUCGUCUCUUUGUGUUUCUACAUCAAAACAUUUGUCUAAGGUUUGAACCAUUCUGCUGAAAACCUUCCCCCAUCAUAGCUUUCAUUGCCAACCAACUCCAUCACUUGGUUGUUGAUACCAUCAUACAAAGCCAUUGCAAGGACUCUGGAAACUGCUGCCAAUGACCAAUUUCUGACUAACCAGCCACCUUUUCUUUUUCUUAGCUCCACGUCAGCACUGAGACCAGACUCAAGCACCCCUGUCCUGUAACCGAGAAAAAAUGGCGUGUGUUGUUUUGGGUUUUUGUGUUUUUUGGUGGGUUUCUUUCCUUGGCUCUCCAAAUUUACUUUUGGGGCCUGUUCUAAGUGCAAACCCAGCAGGUUUCACCUGUCCUGUCCGUUAGAUACAACUAUAUUUUGCAGGAAUUAUUUCUUUCUUAUUCCACAAUGACUUGCACAUCCAUCUUCAUCAGAGCUGAUGGCCUAUUAAUGAGCACUGGUCUAACACAGCCAGCCCUCCCCCACAGCACCAUGUUAAUGGAGGAGGGAAGGAGGGUGAAAUCUACUGUAUGGGAUUCAGGAAUCAGUUGUGGUUGGUCAGGACGGAAGUUGGGGUAAGUUUGGUUGGUCAGAGGGGGGAUGUGCUGGAGAUUGUGAAAAAAUGGAUUCUUGAAUGAUCUACUAUAAGGCAGGGAAGGUUCAUUUGUAAGUAGUAAUGUGAACUGAAUUGCAUUGAAUGUGGCCUUUGUUGUGAUAUACUAUGUAUUUUCUUCUAUGCAUGAGCCAAACUGUUGCAUCAUAAUUUAGCACUGGUGUCUGCUUUUAUUUUGAUCAUCUUUGUCCACCGUUAUUAGUUCUUGGCUGUUAAUUGUAGAUAGAUCUUGUAAAUAUGGCAGCUUUUGGUUGCUGCAUUCACCUUGGUUCAAUUCCAUACAAGGAGCCACAAACUAGAACUCCAGUGUCCUCAGAAGAAAGGGCAUUUUUACUUUUGAACCAAAAAGAGGAAAAAAAAAAAUUAGAAGCGUUACAUCUGAAGGCUAAUUAACUGUAAGAUAUUUUUAAUUAUGACUACUGCAAUUUGACCAUUUGAAGUAACCAAUUCAGAGAAACUAAAGAUUUCACAAUAUUCAUUGGUAUUGUAACAAAACUACUAUUGUAUGGGUUUUUUUGUAUUGCUGUUAAGUAUUGUUUUGUGUGUGUAUGUAUGUUGGAACCUCCUGGGGACAUGUUAUAUUUUGAAGUGAUUAAACUAUUUAAUUGUGUGUCUAUAUUUUGGAAUGGAAUUAUUUCUUCAUUAAAAAAUGUUUUUAAAAACACUA